GGGAAGUUUGCGCUCAGCCUCACAGCGGGGCCAGCGCGGGCAGGCGCCGCCAAGGACUCGGCACCCCAGGGGCUGGUGGCCGGCUCCCCGCGCCUGAGCUUCCCGGGUUGGACAGGUGCACCUAUCCGCACCUGUCCCGAGGCGCGCGUCUCCGGUCCAGGCGAUCUGAGUCUCCCCUCCCGGCUGCCCAGUGAGACAAUUCCAGGAUCAAGAUGAAAUUUCAAAAACCCAAAAUGAAGUUCAUUUUCACGCGUCGAUGCUUAGCAAUCUUCUUUCUCCUCUGUAACCCAACUCCCACACUUCCUGUCUCUUCAAAUCUCACCUAUCCGGUCAUGGAGCCUGAGCCGUACCUGUACGUCGUAGGACGGAAGAAGCUGAUGGAUGCGCAGUACAAGUGCUAUGACCGAAUGGAGCAGUUGCCUCCUUAUGAAGGAGAAGGACCCUAUUGCAACCGCACUUGGGACGGAUGGAUGUGCUGGGAUGACACUCCAGCUGGAGUCCUCUCCGUUCAGCUCUGCCCGGAUUAUUUUCCAGACUUUGAUCCAACAGAAAAGGUUACAAAGUACUGUGAUGAAAAGGGGGUUUGGUUUAAACAUCCUGAGAACAAUCGAACCUGGUCCAACUAUACCUUGUGCAAUGCCUUUACUCCUGAGAAGCUGCAGAAUGCAUAUGUUCUGUACUAUCUGGCUAUUGUGGGUCACUCUAUGUCGAUUUUCACCUUGGUGAUUUCUCUGGGAAUUUUUCUGUUUUUCAGGAGUCUCGGCUGCCAGCGGGUGACCCUGCACAAGCACAUGUUCCUUACUUACAUUCUGAAUUCCAUGAUUAUCAUCAUCCACCUGGUUGAGGUGGUGCCCAACGGAGAGCUGGUGCGCAGGGACCCGAUCACCUGCAAGAUUUUACAUGUCUUCCACCAGUACAUGAUGGCCUGUAAUUAUUUCUGGAUGCUCUGUGAAGGGAUCUAUCUUCAUACACUCAUUGUGGUGGCCGUGUUCACUGAGGAACAACACCUGCGCUGGUAUUAUCUUCUGGGCUGGGGCUUCCCAGUGAUACCAACCACUAUCCAUGCUAUUACUCGAGCACUAUACUUCAACGACAACUGCUGGAUGAGUAUGGAAACCCACUUGCUGUACAUUAUCCAUGGCCCUGUCAUGGCGGCACUGGUGGUCAAUUUCUUCUUUCUGCUCAACAUCGUCCGGGUGCUGGUGACCAAGAUGAGGGAAACCCACGAGGCAGAGUCUUACAUGUACCUGAAGGCUGUCAAGGCCACCAUGGUCCUGGUGCCCCUGCUGGGAAUCCAGUUCGUGGUCUUUCCCUGGAGGCCCUCCAACAAGGUCCUUGGAAAGGUCUACGAUUACUUCAUGCACUGUCUCAUUCACUUCCAGGGAUUUUUUGUGGCGACCAUCUACUGCUUCUGCAACCACGAGGUCCAAACCACCCUGAAGCGCCAGUGGGGGCAGUUCAAAAUCCAAUGGAACCAGCGCUGGGGUCCCCGCCCCUCCAACCGCUCCGCUGCGGCUGCUCGAGCUGCAGCUGCUGCUGCUGCUGAGGCUGCUGGUGACAAUAUCCCAGUCUACAUCUGCCACCAGGAGCCGAGGAAUGAUCCACCCCACCACCAGGGUGAGGAGGGCGCCGAGAGGAUCUCUUUGAACGUCAUCGAACAGGAGCCGUCUGCUUGAAUGUGAAAUAUACAGUGUCGUGAUCACUGAGCCUUCAUUUCCUGGGGGAAAAAUAGAUCAUGCAUUUAAAGUGAUUCCCAUCCUCCCAGGAGCUGAGCAUAUCAUUUGUGAAGAUAUGUUACGUGAAUUUGUCCAUAGUGAUUCUGGAGAAAGUUAUUCUUGGUACUAUUGCUUUGGGAGACAGUCUAGGAAUGGAGUCUCCCACUGCAACUUGUGAACUCCAUCAUUCAUCCAAAACUGAGAUGCGGAUUUCUUAGUAAAGUAAGCAAAGUGUCCAAGAAAAAUGCAAUUAAAAUGACCUAGUUCAGAUACAGGGUGCUCCUUGUAAAUCUUGAGCCAUUUAUACCUUUGAAAAAUUAAAAUCACUCUCAAUAUAUUCCUUUUUAACUUGAGGUUUUGAAUUGGACUAUUUCUGUAUUUGGCUAUGGAUCUGACUUUUAACUUUUUAUUUCGAUCAAUUCUGAUAUUGCUCACAUGUUUUAUCAUCCAUACAGCUGCAGAGAUUAUAUGACCUCCGCCUGACAAAAUAGCUUUCAGAUACAAAAGAUGACUAAUAAAGUGGGCAGGAAGACCUGAAUUAGGCAGAAAGAUUUGUAAUACUUUGAAAGCCAAAGAAGUUUAGAAGCAAUUUGGUGCAGCUGUGACACUCAGCUUGGUAGUGGAUAAUCCUGCCAUAGGGCAGGCUGUAACUGCUGAGAAGAAUUGGUCUCCACUUUGAACUGCUUUGGGCACUGACAUUAACAAAUUGGGAGGUCACAAAGAAUCCAUUGCUAAAUUUUUCAAGAAACUGCCAAAAAUGUAAUUCUUAGUGGAGGAGAAUACUCUUUAAAGAGAGUUUUGUACUAUCCUAAAGUACAGGAUUUAUAAAGCAAAUCACUCCAAGGUUUAUAAAGUAGAUUACCUCUUGCCCCUGGGUGCUAUCUAGCAGUAAAAGAUAAAUUUGCUUAAGACUGGUAAUUAAAAGACUCCAUAUAAGUCCACUAACUGCCUUCCACCCGGCUUCUGAACUGAACAAGAUGUCAGCCUUUCCCAGGAAGAAUCAGUAAGGCUAAUUAGAAAUUGGUUUACAGUUGACCUCUUGUUUGAUGCUAUUAGCAAAACAGGAGAGGAAAAAUAUAACUGCUACAAGUUAAACCACAUAUUAAUUUAUGCUAAAGUGAAAGUCUAGUUUCUCACUAUAACUUGAUUAUAUUUCCAUAUGUCUCUUUACAUCCCAGUAUAAGAGCUCCAGAAAUCCCUGAAUAAGCACAGUAUUGUUACUGGCACCAGAAAUUAAUUUGUAAAUUUGCAACAGUAAUCAGUUACGUUAUUUAAUUUGUAGGUUAAAUGAGGAGAUGCAUUGCAACUCUCUACAUUUCAAAGGUCAUCUGUGUCAUUUUAUGCUAUCUUUCAGAAGUGAUUUAGUUUGGGGAAGACAAUAAGUUGAUUUGUUCGGGUUAUAUAUUUAAUGCUCCGGGAGAAAACUAUUUUUCUCAGAAAAAAUGUUAUUUUGGAUACUAAAGUAGUUUUAAGUCUCCUUUACUGGAUGUAAGGGAGGAAUUGAAAAGAUGGUAUUUUUGCAAUCGCAGUGUUAUAGUAAUGUUCCUAUUUUUGUUUACAAAUGUGGAAAACAGAGUAUUUCGGGCAGCUGUAGUACGAAUGUGAUAAUAUAUUGCUAAAGUAUUUUGGAUGUUAUUGUGUUAAAAUAGUGUGGGCUGAAGAAAUCAAAACAGCUUCUCAUAGUAUUGCACAUAGUGCCAAAAUUAUGUGAAAUGCUUAUGCUGUGUAUAUGUAUAA